CGCUCACCUUCAUAUUCCGCGAAACAGUGCGAGUCGGGCGAGGGCCUGUCAACAGUGAGAAGAUCGUAAGCUCUCGGCAACCAACUGUAGAUUCUCAGUGAUGAGGUUGCAACGGAAGCUUGCGUUUACUUCUUGAUGCUGCACACGAGAGGCCAUUGUGCAUGGAUGUAUAUCAUAGUUUUGGAGUUUAUCAGUAACAUUUGAACGGAGUUAUAAUCUUGUGUGAGGUCGGUUUUCUCUGUGGAAAGGAAUACUCGCUCUGUGGUGGGCUUGUGUCAAAACACACUCUCGCCUCUCACAGGAUUCCGAACUAGUGGUGAUCGACCGUUAUUAGUGAUCUACUAUAGAAAGCCCGUCAGAUCGCUGUGAAAUGAAAGAAAAGGGGCUUGUGAAAUAGCCUAAUACAGUAUGGCGGGGGCCAAACCCGGCGUGCAUGUCGUUCAGCUCAGGCCUAUCCGUGUUCCGGAGAUUCUGAUCAAAGGACACAAGUUUAUCAAAUGGGAUGAUAGCUCAACAGUCGGAUCUCAUGUGACCCUGAGAGCAGACCAAAAUGGCUACAUUAUCUACUGGAAGGAUCAGACCAGCAAGGAGAUGGAUUUUAUUGAUAUCUCCCAGAUACGUGAUACACGAACAGGGAAAUAUGCCCGUGUGCCCAAGGAUUCCAAACUGCGAGAAUCAUUGCAGAGCGGAGGAGGGGAUGGGUCCCUGGAAGAUCGAACACUUUCCGUCGUGACGGGCAGUGACAUGUAUAACAUGGAACUAACCAACUUUGUGUCAACAACGAAAGAAGUAGCAAAGGAAUGGGCAGAUGAGCUGUUACAAUACUCAACCAAUCUACUGGCAAUCAAUGGCAGCUCCUUGUCAUUCCUGGAAAAGGCAUACACUCGCAUCAGCUUCAUCCAGAGCGCCGAUGGAAAGAUUCCCACAAAAAAUGUCCUGAAGAUGAUGGCACAGAACCGAGAUGACCGGCGUCGCGUGGAGAAGGCCCUGGAGGCAGCAGGAUUCCCCACAGAGAAGAACGGCACAAUCGACCCCAACAAAUUCUCAUUUGACAAUUUCUUCAAUUUCCAUCACCAGCUUGUGGGAAGGACGGAAGUUGUCAAGGUCUUUGAAGAAAUGGGGGCCAAGAAGAAGCCCUACCUGACAGUGGAACAGUUUACGGAGUUCCUCAACAAACAUCAGCGAGAUCCACGGCUCAACGAGAUCCUCUACCCAUUCUACACAGUAGCACGUGCUCAGGAACUCAUAGAUCAGUAUGAAACCAAAACCGGAAUGGCCCAGAAAGGGCACCUGUCACAGGAAGGGUUCCUCAAGUUCCUGAUGAGCGAUGACAACAACCUUGUUCCCCCCGAGAAGCUGGAUCUCAGUGAGGAUAUGGACCAACCUCUGUCUCACUACUUCAUCAAUUCCUCACAUAACACUUAUCUCACAGGUCACCAAUUCACUGGCAAGUCGUCAGUGGAGAUCUAUCGCCAGGUCCUGCUCAGUGGGUGUCGGUGUAUUGAACUGGACUGUUGGGAUGGCCGUGGACAAGAUGAAGAACCAGUCAUCACUCAUGGCUUUACCAUGUGUACAGAAGUACCAUUCAAAGAUGUGAUAGAGGCUAUCGCAGAGAGUGCCUUCAAAACCUCGGACUAUCCAGUAAUUCUCUCCUUUGAAAACCAUUGCACUCCUCGCCAACAAGCCAAAAUGGCCCAGUAUUGUCGGAGUAUAUUUGGAGAGAUGCUGUUGACUGAUAUAAUAGAGGAAUAUCCUCUGGAUCCAGGCGUUCACCUCCCAUCACCAGAACUAAUGAAGAGGAAGAUACUUGUCAAAAACAAAAAGAAACAUUUCCAUAAAGGCAACGAAGAGGAAGAUGAAAUUCCAUCAGAUAUGAUAUCGGAGGAAGAGAAGAAGAGACGACAGCGGGUGAAGAAGGACAGGGGUACGGCUGGGAAGGAAGCAGAAGCUGCCAUGGAGAUGUCACUCCUCGUCAACUACAUACAGCCAGUGCAUUUCCACGCCUUCGAUGUAUCAGACAAGCGUGAUAGAAGUUACGAAAUCUCAUCCUUUGUGGAGACACAGGCUGCUAGUUUACUGAAUCAGUACCCAGUGGAAUUUGUCAACUACAACAAACGUCAGUUAAGUCGAAUCUACCCGAAAGGAACUCGAGUGGACUCCAGCAACUUCAUGCCACAGAUUUUCUGGAAUGCGGGCUGUCAGCUUGUGGCACUGAACUUUCAAACUCUGGAUCUUCCAAUGCAGUUGAAUAUGGGAACAUUUGAAUAUAAUGGUAGAUCAGGAUACAUACUCAAACCAGACUUCAUGCGUCGGAAAGAUCGCCACUUUGACCCCUUUGCAGAGUCUACAGUAGACGGGAUUGUUGCAGGCACUGUCAGCAUGAAGGUAAUAUCUGGACAGUUCCUGUCGGACAAAAAGGUGGGAACGUAUGUAGAAGUGGACAUGUAUGGGUUGCCGACUGACACUGUCCGAAAGAAGUUCCGAACAAAAACCAUUCCAGCUAACGGCAUUAACCCUGUCUAUGGUGAAGAGGCAUUUGUUUUCAAAAAGGUUGUAUUGCCCAACUUGGCAACUAUACGUAUUGGUGUGUUUGAAGAAACAGGGAAAUUGAUUGGACAUAGAGUUUUACCUGUUGAAGGACUACGACCAGGUUACCGCCAUAUUCCGCUCCGUAAUGAAUGUAACCAGCCACUGCCGUUGCAGACUCUGUUUGUUCACCUCAGCGUCAAUGACUACGUUCCUGAUGCAUUUGCUGGCUUUGCCGAUGCGUUGUCCAACCCACGCGAGUACUUGUCAAAACAACUCAUGGCAGAGAAACACGCCCAGCAGAUGGCAGUUCUGUUUGACGAUGACGGGGAUGAGCCGUUGGACGAAGGAACACAAGAUGUUCCCGAGAAAGGACCACAACGAGUAGACUCAGUACUGAGUAGGAAAAGUGUGACCAAUUCAAGUGUAAAGACGGGCACUUCAGCAUCACAGAUCGGUAAACAGAUUCCUCAGACAGUACCAGAAAGGACAUUGGUCAAGCAGGAGAGUACACAGUCUGGAGCGAGCCAGGGCAGUGGAAGUCCAGCGCCCAGUGGCCUGACCCGCAUUCCCUCCUCUCACCCGGGAGUUGAGAACGGGACAUCCUCCGUCUCAGUGGCCCAGACAACAAAACUCAAUGAUCCUGAAAUUCUGACGCCCACCCCUGUGUCUGCCCUGAAGCAGCAGAAACCAUAUUUAAAGGUUGCAGGGAAGCGGGACAAGGAACUUGAAUCAUUGCGGAAAAAACACGAAAAGGCCCAGGAGAACAUGAUCGACCAGCAGGCCCAGCAGAUAGAAAAGGUGGCCUCCAGUCAGGAGAAGGCUGCCCGGGCGCUGGACAAGACACACUGUAAGCUGCUCAAGAAAGCCGGGAAGACGGGGCAGGGUCUCGGGGAGGUCCAGGCCAAGUGCUUUGAGGAGAAGACUCAGUUUGAUAAGGACAGAGAACAACAGAUCCGUGACAUGAAACAGAACCAGACUCAGAUCUAUGUGGCGCUAUGCAAAGACCACUACCAAGCGGAAAUGAACAUUUAUUUACGUCAUCAUGAUGCGAUAUACAGCUCACUACACCAACUCCUAGACACCAGCCAGGCCAGUCACAGCAAGAGGCUAGAGGAACUCCAUGACCGAGAGGUAGGGGAGCUCAAGAAGAAGAUGGACCAACAGAACAGGGAGCAUAUGAAGGUUCUAGCCAAGAAACAUAAGGACAAACAAGAGCUUUCUAGAAUAAAGAGAGAAGCACAAACAAAACAUAUCCAGGUUGUGGUCCAAGAAAGACAGAGGUUGAAGGACAUUCUGGAGAAGAAGAAGGAGGAGCUGAAGAAGAACCUCGAGGAAGUACAGGUGGAGUUUGAGCAGGAGAAGGAGGAGGCAAUGAAAAAGUAUCAGGAGGAGUUUGUACAGAAAUGUGACAGCAUCAUGGACCAAUACAAGGACAAAGUCCCAGCUCCAGGAGCAGACGGAUCAGGGUUUCAAGCAGACAGCAAAGUGUCGCCUCUCAAAACCCCCUCCGAUACCUCCUCCCCCUCCCGAUCGUCAGCUCAUUCCAUUCCCUCAAAACCCUCUUCUCCAGUUCCAGUAGAAGAGAAGUCAGGGUCACAUUUAAAUGGCGGGUCAAAAGUUAACAGUUGUGAGGAGAUGACAGUUAUGUAGAUUUUAAGCCAGUUGACUAGCAUAAUCAAAUGUUGAUGUAAAAUAUUCUUUAAUUUAUUCUCCUUAUUUUAGAGCAAUUAAAUGUGUAAUCUUUGACAAACCUGUUUGCUCACAUUUGUUUAGAUGUGUAUACAGACACAUUUUUUUAAAGUGAAGCCAAGUUUCACCUUGUAUGUAUUUUGAAUGUAUUUCUAUGUGUAAAUAAUGCUACAUUUUAAGAGGGAUUUUUUUAUGAAAGGUAUCAUAUUUCAUGAUCAAGAAAGUUGGAAUUUUGUAAAACAAAUGAAGUUUGAAAUGAAAACUACUGCACCCUGUAAAUAUUUAGUGUAGAACAAUUUUACCCUCGGGUUUUUAACUAUGCCAAAAUGGCUGACACUACUGGUGUGUAGCAUGUAUUUUAUGCUCGUUGUCAUAGAAUGUAGACAAUCUGCAUAGCAAAGAAUCAAGGACAUGUAUAAUCCUCAAAGGUAUAAACAAGAGAUUUUGAUCAAUAUAUUUACCAGAAAUAGAUUAUACAAAAGGAAAUUUAUAGGAUUGUUAUAAAUAUUUACAUACUGAAGUAAAUUAAAGAAGGACUAGUCCAGGCCUACACCUGACGGUUAUCAUUGUCUCUUUGUAAAUAGGGUAAUAAUUUACUGAUACCUUGAUCUCCAUCAUGAAAGUUAUUUUCGCAGCUAAAGCUGAUUUUGAAAGAUCAAACCUGCAAGCUUGCCAAUUUGUUCGAGCAUAGUCCAUCUUUAAAGAUUUAUACCUAAUUGGUAUUAUAUCUUGGUGAACAGUAUGUAUUCUGUAUACCAAGCAUGAUUUCAUAUGAUAGGCCCAGAAAUUCAUCCAGAUGUUGUCACUUUGUAUGAAAACCAAUACACCAAAUCAUCAUAACAUCACCAUGAAUGAUUUGUAAACUGUUAUAUAUCAUUUCCAAUUACCAAAUCUGACCAUUUUAUAUGUAAGAUUUCAAAUGUGUUUCAUUAGGUGGAUGGACUGGUUUUCAUCUAAUUAAUGAAAAUAGGUUACAGUUUAAUGGGGAAAACACAUACUCCAUGUUUGGGUUAUUGCAAUUCAUCAAAAUAUCUAUGAAUUUCAAUGUUAUGUAUAUAUACAAAACAAUGCAUUUAUUUAUUAUGAAGACUGUAUAUGGUAAAGAAAUGAAUUGUGAAAAUUUGUUUGUUUACGAUAUAUACAACUUUAAAUCAAUUGGAUAAACAUUGUAAAUUUGGCUUAUUAGUGGACUUUCAGAGUACUUUUCCUUGUUGGAAUAGAGCUUGUUGAUCAAGUAUCAUCACAACCAUUGUACUAUGGAUAAGGAGUGUUGUUAUAAAACUUAUUACCUGUCAUCGGGAAAAAUAACUUAAUUUAUGUUUAUAUUUAGGAGGAUUUAGGUGCCCUGUUUUGAAGUCAGAUCAUGAAGUUGAAGAGUCUUACAUCUGUUUGGACAACAAAUGUUACAACUAUUAUUCUGUGAAAUAUCACACUUUUCACAUUCUAUUGACUCUCUGAAAAACCUUAGGAGUCACAAAGUUCUCCUUGUGUUACAACUUAAGAACAUUUUCCAAAGGUUUGGUUAUCAAGCUUGUUGGUGGGACUUUCAUGCAAUCAGUCAUAAGCUUUUCUAAUUAUAGAUUCUGAUUUCUUGCACAGAUUUGACCAAAUCUGAUGCACUGAUACCCCCAAAUAAACACACUAAUGAUAAUUAAAAUAUAUUUUAAUGGAUUUAGACCAGGUGCUCAAGGAUUGGUCGUAGGCAAAAAAAUUUCAGAGUUGUGUUCCUUAGCAGUUCCAGGAAUUGCUAUUCAUGGGUUUUAGAUUCUGGAUUAUUCUUCCUUAGCACCACAUACCCAUGCUAGUGGUAAUCAAAUAUGACCUAAACUGCUGGGCAAAAGAAAGUAUGCAACCAUUUUUCUUUGACAGUGGCUAAAAAUGAGAAACAAACAAGAAAUGGUUAUUCGAUGGUGAUGUAUUUGACACAGAUAUCAUAGGCGAUAUUACAUGCAUCAUAUUCAUAUUUCUCAUAAUAGAUGACUGUUUUCAGCCUUCUAAAAUGUGUAUAUUUUUUUUAUCAGAUCCAAUCUAAAAGUUUUUACUUUCUUUUGCUCAGCAAUGUCCAUCACUUUAUUGUUUUUUACUUCAACUAAGCUGACAUCACAUGACUAAAAUACUUUUUCUGAUUCGUGUUAAACAUAACUCCCUCACUCUCUAGUUUUUUAACAAGCUGGCCGUGAGUCAUGCUUUCUGGUUGGCUGGUUUGUUGUUUAACACCGCACUCAGCAAUAUUCCAGCUAUGGGACGGCGGUCUGUAAAUAAUCAAGUCUGGACCAGACAAUCCAGUGAUUGAUAUCAUGGGCAUUGAUCCACG